GUGAAGUGUUGUAAAAAUGUAUAGUUAGAUUAAUUUGUAGAUAAAUACUUAGUCUUAUCUGAUGUAAAUCUCACACGUAUGAGAUAAAGAUAGUUAGGUAGUCAGAUCCUAAUUUUUAGGAUCUCAUCAUUUAGUUUGUUAGACUUGUAUCCUAUAUAUAUUGUACCCGGGUGAUGGAAUAAAUCAAGUCAUUCUAUUCUCUCAAACUUACAUGGUAUCAGAGCAGGCUGUUUAAACACCACAAUGGUGGAAACCGAGCACUCUGGUUCUUCCCCUCACUCACAAACCCUUCACCCUAACUCCCAAAUUAGCCAAAUGACAAACUAUCAGGCCUCGAUUAAUUCAUCUAUGCUCAUUACUGGACAUAGAUUGAAUGGAACUAAUUAUCUGGAAUGGUCACAGUCUGUCAAGCUGGCAAUUGAUGGAAGAGGAAAGCUGGGAUACAUAACGGGUGAGAUAGCAGAGAAGAAAAGUGGUGAUGAUGGCUACAGUGUCUGGAGGUCAGAAAACUCUUUGGUAACAGCCUGGCUUCUCAGUUCAAUGGAUGCAUCAAUCGCCAAACCUCACAUGUUCAUGAAAACUGCAAAAGAGGUAUGGGAUUCCAUCAAAGAAACCUAUUCAGAUCUUGAGAACUCUUCUCAGAUUUAUGAAUUAAAAACAAAGCUGUGGCAGUCUAAACAAGGAAGUAGAGAUGUCAUCUCAUACUAUAAUGAGAUGGUAUCCCUAUGGCAAGAGUUAGACCAAUGCUAUGAUGCUGAAGAAUGGGAAAGUGCCAAGGAUCUGGCAAGACACAAAAAGAGGGAGGAAAAUGAUAGGGUCUAUAUGUUCCUAGCAGGAAUUAAUAGAGACCUGGAUGAAGUUAAGGGAAGAAUACUUGGAAAAAAACCUCUACCUUCAAUCAGGGAGGUAUUUUCUGAAAUCAGGGUGGAAGAUAGUAGGAAAAAGGUCAUGAAUAACACUUCAGUCCAUCAUGAUGAUCCAGGAGAGUCCUCAGCACUGAUUGCCAAAGGAAAUGAGAAGAAAAAGCCUUGGUGUGAUCAUUGCAAGAAACUGUGGCAUACUAGGGAGACUUGUUGGAAGAUUCAUGGCAAACCACCUGGAGCAGGACAGAAAAAAGUUGAAAGGGCCCUACAUACUGCCAUACCUGAAACUGAUCAAGAGCAACAAGUCAAUUUCAAGCAGCCAAUUUUCACCAAGGAGCAGAUAGAGCAGCUCCUACAACUUCUUAAUACCCAAAAGAACCCUAAAUCAGAAAACCCUUCUUGUUCUUUUGCUCAGAAUGGAUCUGGCAUCGGGGAAGAUGAUUGGCAGUGCUAGGGAAGAAGAUGGACUCUAUAUAUUUGAUAAAGGGACUGAAUCAAAUAAACAAGGUCAAAGAACUACUUGUCUGCAAACUAUUACGUUUCCCAGUGAUAAGGAGUUGUAUUUAAUUCAUUAUAGACUAGGUCAUCCUAGUUUCCAUUAUUUAAAAAAGUUGUUUCCUCAAUUAUUUCAUAAUAAAAAUGUUUCACAGUUUCAUUGUGAUAUGUGUACACUUGCAAAGCAUCAUAAAAAUUCUUAUCUUCCCCACAGUUACAAACCUACCAGCCCUUUUACUCUUGUGCAUAGUGAUAUUUGGGGAGCAUCUAGAAUCCCUACUUUAAAAGGAAAGAGAUGGUUUGUAACAAUUAUUGAUGAUCAUACAAGAAUGACAUGGGUAUUUUUGAUCAAAGAAAAAUCAGAAGUAGAAAAUGUAUUUAAGCAGUUUUAUGCAAUGGUCCAAACUCAAUUCAAUACCAAUAUAAAAAUGGUAAGAAGUGAUAAUGGCCGUGAAUACUUUUCUACAAACCUAAAUCAUUUUUUUGCUGAAAAAGGAAUAAUUCAUCAAAGUUCUUGCAUUAAUACUCCUGCUCAGAAUGGAAUUGCUGAGAGAAAAAAUAGGCAUUUACUUGAAGUUACACGUGCAAUCAUGUUUUCAAUGAAAGUUCCAAAAUAUUUAUGGGGAGAUGCUGUUUUACAUGCUACCUAUUUAAUAAAUAGGAUGCCAUCAAAAGUUUUAGGGUUCAAAACUCCAAUUAGU